AUGGCUGAUUACUGUUAUAAAUGGUAUGAAGCUGAUGUUAGGACGAAAAGGCCUGAAAGAUUUUCAUUGCUUUUAUUACAACCAAAUGAAAUUUACUUUGAAGAUUUUAGUGUAUACUACUAUCCGAUAGAUUUACCAGAACAUGUUGCAAAUGAAAGGAAACAAAUUGGAAGAUUGAAAGUGUGUUCAAAAUCGUUAGUAUACGAACCACAAGAUACCAUCGCGCCUUUAUUAAGAUUCGACUAUAAGCAGUGCGAAUUUAUAGACAAAUGGAGUGGCAGCUUAUAUUCAAAGAUAGACAGAAGCAAUGUUAUUGCAGUGAAUGCAUUUCAAGUCAUAGAGCUAAAAGAGGGAAAUAAAGUCACUCCUUAUAAUUUUAGGAAGCAAAAAGGAUUUUAUCUAUUCUCUCUCAAUUAUGUCAGUAUCAAUGUCAUCAUUCCAUUUAUUCAGCAGUUAUGGCGUGCAGCAACUUUACCUAGAGCUGAACAGGAUGCAAUGAUUAGCGCUAUUGUUCAUUCGAGAUUAUCAAGGCUCCAGUUCGACAGAAAUUGGAUGAACGAUAUAUUUGAAAAUAUAGUGUUGGAAACAACAGUUGAACGUAUCAAUCCAUUAAAUUGUACCCCAGGGCGUAUUGUUCUAUCGCCUGUAUUCCUAUAUUUUCAACCUUUUAAUAAUAUCGAUGCCGGUAUUGAAAUUUAUAGUUCUACUGAAGACAUGCUUCUAUUUUUGGCUUUAAGUUCUGAGCAUGAAAGAAAUCAUUUUUACGAUAUAAUUUGCUCACAAAAGGACGUGCAGUUGGAAGAUUCCGUAAACGAAAAUGCUACCUUAAGAUGGCAGAAUGGCUUUAUGUCAAAUUUCGAUUAUUUAAUGCAUUUAAACAGGAUUGCUGAUAGAAGCUUCAAUGAUUUAACCCAGUAUCCGGUUUUUCCUUGGGUGAUUGCUGAUUACUAUAGUGAAGAAUUAGAUUUGGAAGAUCCUAAAACUUUUCGUGAUUUAAGUAAACCAGUUGGAGCCUUAAAUCAAGACAGACUUUCUCAAUUAAAGGAACGAUAUGAUGAUAUGCCUGAACCAAAGUUUCUGUAUGGUAGUCACUAUUCCGCUCCUGGUUAUAUUUUGUUUUACCUCGUACGAGUCGCUCCUGAAUACAUGCUUUGUUUGCAAAAUGGAAGAUUUGAUGCUCCCGAUAGAUCUUUUCAUAGUAUUGCUGGAGUUUGGCAAAACGUUUUAAGCGGAUUCUCAGACUUUAAGGAAUUGAUACCGGAAUUUUACGCAUCAGAUGGAGAAUUUCUUAAGAAUUCUGCGAUGUUACCAUUGGGCGUUAGAUCGGAUAAUAGCACUAUUGAUGACGUCGUUCUGCCUAAGUGGGCUAGAGAUCAUUCAGAAUUCACGAAGAUUCUGCGAGAGGCUUUGGAAUGUGAUUACGUUAGCGAGCAUCUUCAUAGCUGGAUUGAUCUAAUUUUCGGAUUUAAACAGACUGGUUAUGAAGCAAUAAAAGCGAAUAAUGUUUUUCAUUAUUUGACUUAUGAAGGCAGUAUAGAUUUAUCAAGUGUUAAUGAUCCAAACGAAAGAGCAUCACUAAAGCUACAGAUAUUAGAGUUUGGUCAAACUCCAAGAAAAAUCUUUGAUAAUCCUCACCCGCAACGGAAUAUAACUAAGCCAUUAGGACCUGGUAAUAUUGUAAAUAUGCCUGCUGUCAGCAUACCAUCAGAACAAGUAAUCGAUUUAAUCGCGACAGUUACAGAUAACAAAUCAAAGAGUGAUGAGAAUGACACUAAAAUGAUGACUUAUGAGAAUUUGAGUAUGGUGCUUUGUCGUAAAUUGCAUAAAAAUAUUGUGACUGGUAUUUGUUUAUCUGAUAAUGGAAACCAAGUAUUCUCUGUUUCACAAGAUCAAUAUUUAAGGGCCUUCUACAUAAAUGAAAACGAACCUUGUCUCGGUUAUAAUAUAUCUGGCAUGAUAUGGGAAUUAUCGGAUGAGGGUGGAAGCCAAGAGUGGAAUUUGAGUGAUGAAUUUGAGGAAGAUGUUGAGGUUUCUUGUAUUGACUUAUCAGUUAAUAAGACUUUAUUAGUUUCAGGAUCUAAAUCUGGAUCUAUCUUUAUAUGGAGUUUAAAAGAGCACACUUUGACGAACGAAUUCCGUUCCCACGAUGGAGCAGUUAAUGCAGUAGCUUUUAGUCCAGAUAAUCAUCGCAUCCUUUCCAGUGGGGAUGAUAAUUUCCUGAAGGUUCUUGAUCUCGAUACUGGAAUGGAAGUUCUAGCAACCAGAUUAAACUAUGCUAUUCGCUGUUAUCAUUGGAAUGGCGCAUACGCUGUAUGCGGAGACGUAAACGGGAAUUUAAAUAUUUGGGAUAUGUUAACAGGCACGUGCUUACAAACGGUUAAAGGGCAUGACGGAGCAAUCGAGUGUCUCGACGUUAAUGAAGAUAACAACGUAAUUGUUACCGGAGGCGAAGAUAAAGCCAUAAUUGUUUGGAAUUAUUUAUAA